AUGUACAAACGUGUGAAUGCCCUCAAACGUAAGGAUCCAAACCUAAAGACACUGCUCUCUAUUGGUGGAUGGAGUUUUGGUACACGAUUGUUUAAGGAUAUGGCAGAGACUCCCGUGCGACGAAAGGUCUUUAUCAAUUCCGCGAUCGCCUUUGUUCGUCAAUGGGACUUUGAUGGGAUCGAUAUCGAUUGGGAGUAUCCUUCUGGACCGUCUGACGUCAGGAACUACGCCAGCUUUAUCUCGGAGCUCAGCGAAGCUUGUGCUGCAGAAGCGGCAUCAUCUCAGAAGCCUCGUCUACUCGUCACUGCUGCAGUAUCUGCUGGAGAAAGUACUAUCGAUGCUGGAUAUGACGUGCCAGCCGUUGCCGACCACCUGGAUUUCAUCCUUCUCAUGAACUAUGACUUCCACGGAGCAUGGAGUACAGAGACCGGUUUUAAUUCGCCUCUCUAUGCGAGAGAAGAUAUGAGGGAAUCGGAAAAAGUUUGGAACAUCGACUGGGCGGCAAACCACUGGAAUGAAAAAGGCAUGCCCAAGGAGAAGAUAAUUAUUGGAAUACCAACAUAUGGACGAGGUUGGACUCUCAAGGAUAAAUCGAACAUCACCGUUGGAGCGGAAGGAUCACCUGCCAAAAUUACACCUUUCACUCAGGAAGCAGGAGUUGCUUCAUUUUAUGAGUUCUGCGAGAUGUUGGCCACUGGAGCCACCCGUUACUGGAACGCUGAACAACAAGUUCCAUAUCUCGUACAAGGAGAUCAAUGGUGGAGUUAUGAUGACGAGGAAUCGAUUGCCAACAAGAUGGCAUGGAUUAAACGCAACAAGUAUGGUGGAGCCUUUGUAUGGACGUUGGACUUUGACGACUUUAACGCGAAAUGCUCGAAUAGUGACGGGCAGCUAUAUCCACUCAUCAGCAUUAUCGCUAAAGAGCUCGGAGGUGUCACAAUACCCAAAAAGAAUGCUCCUCCAGCUGUAACAACAACAACAGCUCGACCAUCAACACCACAACCGACAGUAGCACCAUCGGUGCCGCCAACAGCUGCACCAACAACCCCACCACCAACGAACUUCUGCGAUGAAAUGCCGGAUGGUUUCCAUGCCAUGAAUAAUGACUGUUCACAGUUCAUCCUAUGCCUUCAAGGCUUGAGCUACAACAUGUCGUGUCCAUUCGGAAUGCAUUUCUCGUCUCCGAAAGGAUAUUGUGUACACAUAGCUGACUCGAGAUGUUCCGUAUCGACUACCGAGACCUCCUGGUCGCCCACAACAACAAAAACACCAGGAAAUGAGUUCCAAUGCGGCCCAGACGGCUUCUAUGCGGACACCAAGAAUUGCCAAAAGUUCAUCCGCUGUGUGAACGGAAAUCCCUACGGUUUCGACUGCCCGAAAGGCCUUUCAUUCCAUGCCGAUUCGCUUAUGUGUGAUCAUCCGGAUCCGUCCAAAUGUGCUGGUUUCGACUGA